AAUUUUUGGCGCUCUACGCGUUUUCCGGUAAGCAUUGGAGAGAUAACGAGAAAUAGCAAUGGCAGAAUUUAAGGAGAAGAUAAAAAAAGAGGCUGAACAGUUGGUCAAUGAUGUAUUUCUGAAGAAAGUGCAAGAACUUGAUGAUUUACUUCUGUCGCCACUGUUUGCAAACAAAGAUCUUAAUCUCUUGCAUAUGGAUAUAAAUAUACCAGUGCCCCCACCUGCUGGGGGAGCUGCAAACUGUGAUGGAAUGCCAGUAAAGAAGAGAAAGCUAGACGUGGUCGAAAAUGAGAUUGGUUCGCCAGUAUUUGUGCUGCCACUUGGGUCUGCUCCAUCCAAUAAACACAUAGUGGAAAUCAUAGACACGAUGAAACCAAACAUUCAACAGCUGAUUGAUCAUACCAACAAGGUAAAAAUGUGGAUACAAUUUCUCAUACCAAGGAUCGAAGACGGAAACAACUUUGGUGUGUCAAUACAGGAGGAAACUUUGGCAGAGGUGCGAACAGUAGAGGGUGAAGCAGCAUCUUUCCUGGAUCAGAUUUCUCGAUAUUUCAUCACACGCGCAAAGAUAAUCUCCAAGGUUGCGAAAUAUCCACAUGUGGAUGACUACAGGAGAGCGAUUGAUGAACUGGAUGAGAAGCAGUUCAUUAGUCUGCAGUUGGUGUGCUGUGAACUCCGGAAUAAUUAUUCAGUGUUGCAUGAUCUGAUUACGAAGAACAUUGACAAAAUCAAGAGACCUCGAACUGCACACAAUCAUUCCCUAUAUUGAUCAGGUCAGCUGGGAACAAGUUCUCACUACAUGACAGUAAAACAAAAAGAACCACAAGCAACAAGAUCCAGGGACCUAGAUGUUCAACAAUGACGUCUUUAUUAAUGGAAAUUACUAACAGUUACUAAUGCAAUCUAAGUUUAUGUAAUAUGAUUGCAUGAAACAGAAAGUGGAUGUAACAUGCGGAGUAAAUAUAGAUGCUUCCCUGACAGAAGUUAUAACUUGGUUGUUGCCUCAAUCAUGUAGUUAUGAGGUUGAUGGAUAUAUGAACCUAAGUAACAGAAAUUGUCUUGCUGAAUAAUUAUAAUUUGUAUUUUAAACCA